CACGUUUGAACACAGCAACAACUGUAGGCCGGGAUCUGCACUUGUGUUUAGGCAUUUCUAUUGGACAAGAUGCGUCACGUGGUUUAUAUACAUCGUUAUGCCUCGGAAAACAACAACGAACGCCAGCUGAUUCUCUGAAUCAGAAUCACUAUCAACUCACAACAGAAUAGACGUUUCACAAGUUAUCUGAUGUCAGUGAUGAGGCCUUAGCAGAAAUAAGAGAUUCGAUUAUUUUCAGACCGCCGUCAUUGAUUGGAAUAUUGCAGAGAACUACGAAUGCAAAGAAGAUUCAGCACAACAGAUUAAUCGUCGGUAGAAAGGUGUAUCAACACGAUCGAAGGAACCAUACUGUAAUAUGUGUGUCAGUUAGUAACAGUCGAUCUACUAUGACAACAGCUGCACAACUUAGAGAACCCGCUUGCAGUGAUGUGCCUCAUCGUGAACCCACGUGUUUACUGUUUGGAGCCGGAAGUGGGAAUACAAGGGAGAUCACUCCAACCACUACACCUGCCUACAACAACGAGUCAUGAGGAGACGGCCUAGGCCAAACACAGCUGAGCAAACUUUCAUGCAAUAUAGAAGGAUUAUAUAAAUUCACAUCUGAUCUGAAUUUUAAAGACUUCCCCCGUAAAUGCAAAGACAAAGUACAUGAACAUACCCCAGUACCACAGGGACAAUGAGCCUUGAUUCACAUGUAUCACAAGGUAGUGAAGGGGGGGAGCUUGCCAGUGAGGCCAAAACGAAAAUGCCUGCCAUGAGGAUCACCAAACUGAAGCUCAGUGGCAGAAACUAUUCUUCAAAAGAAGAAAGCACUGAGGAGGCUGAAACGUUCAUUAAUGCCAUCAUGACGAAAGUAUCCCGAAAUCCUGUUGAAGAAAAGGUUGUUUCUUCAUCUGUAUCUGGCACACUUCAACGCCUUCCAGGAAAGUUUUUGAUGAAGAUCUUCUAUGUCAGCCGAACCAGUCCCCCGUCUAAGCUGUUACAAACAGUUGGUACAUUCUUUGCCAGUGAAGAUGGUACAGACCAAAGUUUACAUUCAGAUAUACACAUAGAUAUUAUUCUAUUUCUUGUUAGACAUAUCUACUCUUCUGGGUCGGAUUCCUCUGUCUAUUUCCCGGAAAUAUUUGCAUUAACAUCUGGACGAAACCAUUCACUUCUAAAAGAACAUGUGUGCGAUGAAGAAUUCCCAAUUAAAUGUGCCAGACGUGUUUUGAAAUUCAAUUUGAAGUCCUUAUCCUCCAAACAUAUCAGUGGGCCCACCUCAUCAUCAGCACUAUCCUACCGACCUGAUGAAGGAACAAUGAUCACCUUCUGGGAUUAUCUGGGUCAAAUUACAACGUCAAUCAAGAUGCCACUCAAAGACGACGCUUCCCUCUACUCGUUGAAUAGUUUUCAAACUAAGAGAGGCAAGCCAAGCAAGGUGUCUAUGAUUGUAGGAGAUACCUAUAUCAAAAUAUCUCGUCAAAUGAGUCUGAAAGAUAUAGCCAUCAUGUUUUAUCGUCUUUCUCAUAUCACAAGAGGUAGGCGAUCCAAUACAUACCCAGACAAUAAUGUUGAGACUGAUGACGUCAAUUUUGCUGUAUUUAGUCAAGUGAAGGUAGAAAAGAAAUCGAAAACAGUGGAAAAAAUGAAUACAGCGUUGAAAGAGAGACUAACCUCUCAUCUCAAAAACCCAGAACAGAGUCUUAAUCUACGGUUGUCCCAUCGUAACCUGGACGAUUGGAAUGAUGCAAACAGAUUUAUCCUCAAGAUGAAGACACCACACAGACCCAAGCUUCAGUGUUUGAAAGCAUGGGACAAUGAUCCACCAAGACUUGAUGAGCUAAUGCAAGUAGUUAGAGAUGCGAUAGACUCAUCUGAAUAUGAUCAGGUUAUUGACAGGCUGUUUGUGGAGUUUUUCAGUUCUGACAAGGAUAAAAUUAGGAAGAAAAGAUUCCCCUUGCUGACGUUUUUGGAAGGCCAUUGUUCAACAGCGCAAGGCUUGUCCAUGUUCUGCUACUGUGGAAAAUGGCUGAAGAUUGAGAACGAGUACAUGGUGAAUCUAGAAGACCAAUUCAGCCAAGUUGAGCUGCACAACCGCCUGAGUGAAAAUAUCCUUUCGUUGCCAUGGACUUGCGUUAGCGAUGAAGAGAAGAUGCCCACACGACAACAGACAUUUGAAGGGGGAUUGUUUCUAAGGUGGAUGAAGCAAAUUUUGCAUAAAGACUCAAACCUGGAUGACUUUAACAUGAAGGCUGGGCAAAACACAUUUAAAGGUGUAAAGAUGGAUGACUAUAUGGAGAAUCUCAGUAUAAGCUUUGAGGAAAGAGCCAGGCAACUUUUCCUCAGGAUGCUCUGCCAACAGGCCGAAGAACACUACAAUGAAGGUUACAUCCUGUAUGAUCAACUGGUCUCUGACAACACUUCGGGAUAUCUCCUGGGGGACAGGAUCUUUGUUUUUGGCCAGAAGAACAUAGAGUUGUAUGACAUCCUCUACUACACUGAGGGGAAGACCUAUCUCAUUCACGUCAAGGAGGGCUUUGGGAAUUCUACCAGAGAUGCAUGCUCACAAAUCCGCAUUUCUGCUGAGUUUGUGUUCAGAUACCUUCUUUGCAAUAACAGCUUUGAUAUCCUGGCAAGUUACUGGUCACGUCUCACAAAGGGAGGGGGGAAAUAUCGUCAAGUUGUGAGGGACAGGUACCUGAAACUUGGAGAGGAUGGUUUUUAUCAACUUUUUAAGAGGAAUGAGAUAAUCUUUGUACUGGCAUACAGGGAUGCCAAGAUCACAACCAACAACGAUUCCUUUGUUCCAUAUCCAAAAGAACGACUUUCCAGAAGAUUUGGGGAUGACCUUAAACUAGUAACUGAAAAAUUACUGGCAUGCAAUUACCUGAAAGAAAUACAUGGACAACCUGCAGUUACUGACAAAGUGUUCAAACCAGUCGAGCAAGCAAGGGAGGAGAUUCAACUGAAGUCCAAGAAGGAUGCCCAAGCUGCGUUCAACAUACUGAAAGAAACCAUGUCCAGCCAUUCAUCAUUCAUCGCCAAGAUGGAGGUUGUGCAUCUGUUCAGUCACUUCAGAAACUUCGUCACAGCUGGUAAAAGACUCAGCCUGAAGAUGUGUCGUCUUCAAACGUCCUUUGAAUGAUAGAAUGAAUUCAGUCAAUCUGACAACAAUGUUCCAUAAUGUCAAACAUGUAUCAAUACAGACGGGGGUAGACCAUUCAAAGAACUAGACAAUACAAAAAGUUCAAAAUAAAACUGUCUCCGGUUCCCCAAAAUGGCAGCAUUUUACUCCCUUACAGAACUAUUGAAAAGGCUUGACGCUAGUGUUAUGCAAAUGAACUGGCAAAAGGAAACAGCUCAGUCGGAUGAAGGGAGGGCCCGUUGUUUUUAUGCAAUGAAGAAAUUACUCGGUCGACGCUCGAUGUAGGUAGAAUAAGGGAUAGUACUUUGUGUUUCCAAAGAAGGAAGGCAUGAAAACUACCCCCAAGAAGUUUUACUUGAUACCUCUACAGAGUCUAGAAUCCGCUUCAAAGUACUUUGUUUGACUUACAACUGCCUCCACUCAGCUGACCCAGUGUACUUGUCCGAUCGUGUUCCUCUUCAGAUCAGAAAAUUUGAAGCUCUAAAAUAUCACCAAACCAAAACUGAAAUAUUUUGACCACAGAGCAUUCAACAAUGCAGAUCCGGCUCUCUGGAACUCUCUGCCGUUUCACAUCAAGAUUUCUGCAUCACUGGACUGGUUCAAAUGAGAACUCAAACAUACCUGUUCAGAAAAUACAAUAGACUCCUGAGUGUUUGAUGCAGUGUAGAAUAGGUCUUCAGCAACCCAUGCUUGCCACAAAAGGCGACUAUGCUUGUCGUAAGAGGUGACUAACGGGAUCGGGUGGUCAGGCUCUCUGACUUGGUUGAUGCAUGUCAUCGAUCCCGAUUGCGUGGAUUGAUGCUCAUGAUAUUGAUCACUGGAUUAUCUGGGCUAGACUCAAUUAUUUACAGACCGACGUCACAUAGCCGAAAUAUUGCUGAGUGCGGCGUUAAACAACAAACCAACCAACUAUGUCAAUCAUGAAGAUGUACUCUUAUUUUUUCAGUCUCGUUGUAGCGCUUAGAGCAUGUGCUAUACGUGUGGAACUGCACAUUAAAAAGCACGUUAUUAUUGCUAUGGUUGUUUAUGUUUUCUGUGAUAUCAACUGUAGUGGUAUGUCACACUGUCAUGCCGUUUAAAAGAUAGCUGCAACUGCUAUUUGUAAAGUAGAUACUUAUAUUUCCUGGAACUUUCAAUAUGGAUUCCAGAUGGAGAAGAAACAACAGUGAUGAAAAAAAUAAUUUGGCCUCCGUUUUUGCAGAACAUUUUUUCUGGUCGUACUGGAUGUCCUGGAAAAAGUCAAGUCAAUGAAUGUUUGAACACA